AUGGAAAACCCUUUCGCUCGAGUCAAAGGGGUCGUCCUCGAUGCCAAGCUCGGGAUCCGCUUCGGCGGCUUUCGCAUCGACCCCUCUUUACCUCACGUUCACAGCAUGUCUACCCGGACGACAACAACAACUCUCUCGAUGGAAGGGAUUGAACUAUCCCGCUUCAGCUCCCCUGCUUCUACCCAUCUCCCCUCGGGUGCCAUGACCCAGUCAGAGAUGGAACAGCCCGUUCCCUCGCUCGCGUCAACGACGAACGACGUGCUCGAUACGGCCGCCUCUCACGGCGCGGCUCUGGAACUCGACGGCUCGGGCACGGGCAAAGAACGCUUCGAGGCGUUGGAUUCUUACCCCGAUGGUGGGUUGGAGGCGUGGUUGCAGGUCUUCUAUUGUGCAGCCUGUAUGAGCGUUUGUGUUGGCGGUCAGUUCGUUCUUCAACCAUCUUGGGAGGCGUCGCACCCUGGAGCUGCUGGCUGAUUUUCCUCCUCCCUCCACCUCGGAUCUCGUCGGCCCGCGCUUUGCCGUGAAAAAUUGCCUUAUCAUGAUCAGGCAUAUACAGUUGGUGAGCUUCGUCCCCGCUUGGUGUUGAGCUAUCGUGAGAGUGACUGACAUUUUCGGUCUCACACUGAAAGGGGUGUUAUGGUACGUCAUGAUCGAAAACCUUGAUUCGGAGCCCCUGUACAUGUCAUCUUGAUCGAUAGGACUGCGCGUUGAAGCCCACGCGCGCUCGUCGUCGAGGGCGCACUCCCUGAUGCAAUAUGCUUUCCCCACUCCUCCUCAUACACAGCAAGAAGCGCUCAAAGACCUAGGACCGAGCGUCUCCUGGAUCGGCAGCAUCCAAGCCGCCUUCGCGAUCCCGAUCAUGCGCCUAGUCGGCGCCUAUGGUCCUCGCAAAGUCGCUAUCGUCGGCGCCUUCAUCGCCUCCUCCGGACCCUUCCUCGCCUCCUUCUGCUCUAAGAGUUUUACUGGUCUCCUGAUCACCGAGGGAUUGAUCUUUGGUAUCGGGCAGAGUUUGAUCUUCUUCCCCGCUGCGACGUUGCCGUCGUCUUAUUUCCAAAAGAGGCGCCACAUGGCAACGGGCUUGACUUACGCUGGAGGAAGAAUUGGGGGAGCAGGAUUUUCGUUGCUCAGUUCGGUUCUACUUCGACGAUGGGGCGUCGCUUGGAGUCUAAGCUGUCUGUAGUUGGUGUAUCUGUGUAUCACACUGCCGGCUUCGUACCUCAUUCGAGCGAGGUUGCCGACUAAGCCUCUUCGAGGUGGGGGACCUGCGGUUGACUGGUCAGUCUCAAGACCUAGUCUUUUCUGUGAGAUUUUUUUCCAACUUAUAUCUUGACCCGGCUGGCUAGGUUCUUCAGCUCAGCUCAUUGGGGAUGGGAAGGUUGAUCGUAUCUGAUUAAUUUCUUUCACCUGUCGUCGGCUGGUCGUACAUCCUUCUAGGCGGGCUACAUCCUUGCCGCCGCAGGAGGGGCCGGGGCAGGUUACGCCGCUUUCCGACCUGCGAUUUUUUAUGCCGGGGCUUUGGCUCGUAAGUCCAUCCAUUCUAUUCUUUCUCAUCCGAUGAUCAAUAAGGGACACCGAAUUCGAAUCGAAAGGAAAUCUUUUGGGUCUGUUCGUUGGGUUCAGUGUUCGCGUGCGGACUGAUGUGUUGUGUCCGAGUGAUCGAGAGUAAGGAUUUGAAGAAGAGGGUUUGA